AUGCGGGUUUUCUUCUCUCGAAAUGCAUUCGAGAUCCCUCACCACAAGCCAUACUCAUACACAGCCGAAGCCAAAGCCGCACCAGAAAGAUGCGCAGCGGCAGUAUUCCUGGCAGAGGUCGUCCCUGCAGAUAUGAUACCACACCUCAGUAAACUCACCAUCUCACUCUGGCACUGUGUCAAGACAACGGCUAGGGAGGACUGGUGUCAGAUUGUAUCAUACGUCGCCGGUAUAUCAAAUCUCCGCUUUCUAUCCAUUGGCCCUGCGAUGGGCUUCGAUGAGAUCAAGUACGCAAUACCGGACACGCCGGAAGAACUAGCUAGUGAACGGGGUCUUGUGCAGAUCAGGGACGCUAUAAAUCAGUACGCUUGGCCGAUUGAGAUUUCAGAGACGGCUAUCCAGUCAUUCUACGUGGAUAUUGGAUUUACCCAAUACCCACCUAUUUUUAAGGUAUUCUACUCCUACCGGCGCGCUGAGGACUCAGCUGUUCUUGUAGGAGAUGAGCGUAUUGCGGGGGAUAAUUAUGCCUUUGUAAGAGGGUGCGAGGGGCCGGUUGGAGAGCAGGGAGGUAAGGAAAGAUGGCUUGAGGGACUGGAUCUUUUCGAGUUGGAAGAUUACGGAGUGGCAAGGUGCAUGGCAGAUUCUAGACUACCCAAAAGACUAGUAGGACAGGAGAUACAAAGCAAACAGUAA